AUGGUGGCACAGGCACAGCUACAACGGCCAUCAGUGAUGACGCAUACAACGCCAUCAACAUCGCAACAAUUGAUCCAGACAAUGAUAGAAGCGUCAUUUGGGUGUAUUCUGUAUGUGAGAGGUCUUUUUCCUGAUGAUAAUUUUUCAGAAGAAAGAUAUAACCAAAAGCCAAAUAAAUCAUCAGUAGCAGUGAAUUCAGGCACUAGGAUUAUGAAGAUUAAGAGAGGAUUUUCAGAAGAAGCAGAUUUGUUGUUGGAUUAUUUGAACCAAGGUGUUUAUGAUGCAUUGUCUAAGAAGUAUUUAAGAUCGAUUUUGUUUGCAAUAUAUUUUGAUCCAAAUGAUUCGACGAAUAUUUUUGAAUCAUAUACAUUUAAUUUUGCAUAUUGUGGACGAGAUAUGAAGCCUAUUAUGAAUGUUGUUAAUUCAAAAGGGGAAAAGCAGAGCUUUGGUGUAGAAGAAGAGUAUGCAAAGCGGUGUAUACAGUUGCUAUUGAGGAAUUUGAUUACGUUGACUCAGAAUCUUUCACCCUUACCGGGUGGGUAUAUUUUUGAAUUUAGGAUUUCAAAUCUAAACUUAGAUUUAGAAAAUAUGCAUAGAUAUAUCACGAUGAAGCUAUUUUAUACAGAUACAACGCCUCAAGAUUAUCAACCACCGAUGUUUCGUGAUUGUACGAUGGAGAAACCAUUUACAUUUGCAGUUGAUCCUGGAAACACUAGUUUUUACAAGCAAACGGCCGGAUCUAUGGAUACUGGGUUUCAUGCAAUAACACUUAAAAUUACGAGUAUAGCAGAUGCUGUGUCUGAAUGUAAAAGUUAUGAAGAAUACUAUAGUAAGCAAAUUAAAAUGUUAACUGCCGAAGAAGAUGUUCCUGGGGUAGGAGUUUUAGAAAUUGGCCGAAAAAACAAUGAAACUGUUAUAUUAAAUUCUUCAAGAGAAUCUCAAACUUGUUUUGAGCCAUUGCAUUCUAUUUCUCAACAAAAUCCUCAUAGUCAUUCUCCGUUGAAAUAUAACAAUGAGCAAUAUGAAAAGGAAAAUGCUGCCAUUAAAGAAAUGCUUGUUACACAUACUCAAGAUUCAAGACUUGAAGCUACUCAGCCUCUUGAUUCCAAUUUUUCCCAGUUGACUCAAAAUCCAAUUCCUAUGCACUCAAAGUUGUCUUUUGAGGAUGAUAUUAAAGCGAAAAAUUUUAAAAUAGAAGAUGUAUCAACAAAUUUAGAUAUAAAUAAGAAUUCUUCGAUAACGAAAGGUGUAUCCAAAUUAAUUUUGAAUUUUAAGAAAGAAAUUGAGCUUAAUGAAGAAAGAAAGCGUUUAAAUUAUCUUAAAACUACAGCAAAAGAGAGUAGUGGAGACAUAAGUGUAAUACGCUGUGAAUGUGGAGAUACUGCUGAGGAUGGCGAUAUGAUUCAAUGUUAUGUAUGUCAAUCAUGGGUUCAUGCAUGGUGUUAUGGUUUUAUAUCAGGUAAUGAUGAACGUUUACCUGAUGAUCAUUCUUGUUAUUCCUGUCUUCUUCAAAAAUCUGAACCAGUUUUAUAUGAGAGUAUGAAAGAUCUAGCUUUGUUUAGAAGAGGCCUUAUGAUUGUUUGGGAAGAAGGGCUUCCGAGAAAUAUUGUUGAAUUUUCAGAUAGAUUGGGGUCUACUCGACAAAAUGCAAAUCAAGUUCUAAAAAGGCUUUUUCAAGAAGGGUUUAUAGCUGAUAUUACAUCAAAUAGGAUUUCAAGAUAUAUUAUUGCAAAAAAGAGUGCACGUUUAAAUAUAAAUGAUGAAAUGACUGUUGUGAAAAAUCCUGAAAAUAAACAGCGUUUAUUUUCACAAUAUUUUCAGCCUCUUUUAAAAAUUAGUCACCAUUAUGAAAAGCAAGAUAUUAAUGUUUCUCUCUCUCAAAAUGAUAAAUGUUCAAAUACUAAUGUUUCCAACAAUAAUUCAAUGCUUGUUGAUACUUUUUCUGUUUCUAAUUCUUAUCCAACUGAUAGGGGAUCCAGUUUUACUAUAAAUGCUACUCCUCCGCUUUCUCAAUUGCGAGAUACUGAAAUACCAAAAAGAAUUCCUACUAAAGAAAUAAAUGAUACUGAUUAUAAUAAUAUUGAGCAAGAUACUACUGAUGAUGAAGAUCUUUCAACACAUAGUGCUGCUAAAACAAGACCAUGUUUAAAAGAAUCUAUGUCUUUAAUGAAUUCUGAAGCAGGGCUUAGCUUACAAAAACAUAAUACUAUUGAUAAUUUUAAAAGCUCUGUUAUAUCAAAUAUGAAUCAAGUUUCCAAAAGAAAUGAUAAAAGAACUCGCUUGCAUUUUCCUGAUGAUAAUUUUGAAAUUGAGGCUAAAAAGAGGAAAUCAAGUGUUAUUUUAAAACCAAUUUUAGUUUAA